AUGAAGCUCAUUCAUAUUCUCUCCCUAGCGCUGGCAGCUGCCACCGUCAGCGCCGUCCCUGUCACCCAAGCUGGGCACGAUCCUGUCAAGCGGGCUCUUACCGCCGUCACUGUGGAGAGGAAUAUCGGCAAUGUCGUUCCAAGAGACGUUGUCACCGCCGCGCUCGAAAAACGCCAGGUGCACGAGUCGGGCACUAUCGCCACGCGUGAAAUCACCGUCCCCGCCCUUAUUGAUAUGGUCAGAAAGGCUAAAGCAGGUGGACCUGGACAACAGGCGGCACUGCUCGCGGCGAUCGAGUCUUUAGACCUCCAGACGUUGAUCGAUUUGGCCCUCGCUGCUGCUGACGGUGUGGUUGGAGCAACUGAGGCACUGCUCGUGGUCCUCAAGAUCCUCGAGGCUGUGAAGCCAACCAUCAUCGCUGAUUUGAUCGCAGCUGUUGCGGCUACUGUGGCUGGAGCACUGGAGGCGGUGCUCGCCUUGCUCGCGGCUCUGAACCUCACCGCGGUUAUCGGUUUGGUCACAGGUGUUGUGAAUGGUGUAGCUGGAACACAGGAGGCGUUGCUGGGGGCAAUUACUGGUGCUUUGAAUGUGUUACUCCCGGGUUUGCUGGGGGGGCUUCUUGGGGGCUCUGGUGGGAUUCUUCCUGUUUGA